AUGAAGCCCUAGAAGUUGAACAAUUACAUGCAGUAGCCGUCUACGUCUCGAAUUCAAUAGUUGAUUGUUCUCUUGUUUGUGAUCAAACUUGAAUUUAAACAUGUCUAAAUUGGUGCUUUAUGGCUUGGACAUAAGUCCACCAGUGCGUGCCUGUCUGCUGACCUUGCGUGCGCUCGAUCUGCCCUUUGAAUAUAAAAUAAUUGAUCUGCUGAGUGGCGACCAUAGAACGGAGGAAUUCCUGCAAAAGAAUCCACAGCAUACGGUGCCCCUCUUGGAUGACGAUGGUACUCUAAUAUGGGACUCUCAUGCCAUCUGUUGCUAUCUGGUGGAUAAGUAUGCCCAAUCGGACGAUCUAUAUCCGAAGGAUCUAGUGAAGAGAGCUAAGCUGGAGCAGCGUUUAUAUUUCGAUGCCAGUGUUCUCUUCAUGCCACUGAGGAACAUAAGUGUGCCGUAUUUCUAUAAGAAGGUUUCGACAGUGCCGCAGGAGAAGAUUGACAAUAUAACUGAUGCGUAUGUUCAUUUGGAAAACUUUCUGGAUGAAAGUCCCUAUUUGACUGGCGAUACGGUGACAAUUGCCGAUUUCUGCUGCGGCGCUACAGCAUCUUCUCUGCCUGCCGUGUUGAGCAUCGACCCGGAGAAAUAUCCCAAGAUUACCGCUUGGCUGGCACGUCUCGGUGAGCUGCCUUACUAUAAGGAGGCCAAUGCUAAUGGUGCUGAGCAGUAUAUUGAAAUACUAAAAGACGUAUUUACCAUUGUCGAAUGAGAUCUUGAUAAUUUAUUUUCACACCCAUUUAAUUAUUUGAUUGAAUAAAAUAUC